AUGAUGUUCAAUCCUAUUGAGAUAUUUUGCUAUUACGUAGCGCAACCUAUCGUUGACUUCUUGGCCUAUUUAUUACAUGAUGUGCACUACUUGGCUUUUAUUGUGGCAGUCGCCAUGAUCGGAAUACUUCUUGGCCUCGUUAUGGGAGUUCUAUCACUUAUUUGCAUUAAAUUACAGGGCGAGGAUCAGCCAGUUAAGAAACUUGAAGCUAAACCUCCACAAGAAGAUCAAUUUGUAGAUUCCAAGCCAAAGCAUGAUUAAGAAGAUUUUAACUUAAGGAAUGGAAACCAAUAUUGUAAAGAUAAGAGUUGUAUUUGGCUUGAAAAAUUUAGGUUUCGACAAUUUAACCUUUAUGUUGUUGAUAUGCCAAAUUAUAAUAGUUAUUUACUAAAAUAUACAU